AGCAGUGAAGUGAACAGCAGAGCAGUGAUAGAGAUAGACAGAUCAUACCACCAGACAAUACAUAGAUAGCGAUUCCUUAGUCAACUAAGACAAACCCAAAUCAACACACAUACAGAAUCUAAAACAGACCAUGAUGCGAUACAAAGAGGAGAAAGAAGCGAAAAAGGAAGCAUUUAGAAAAUAUCUUGAAUCAAGUGGAGCUGUUGAUGCUCUUACCAAAGUUCUUGUUUCUUUAUAUGAGCAAAACGACAAACCUUCUUCUGCUCUUGAGUUCAUUCAACAGAAAUUAAGUUGUCCCUCUAUCUCUGAAUAUGAAAAAUUGCAAGCUCAAUUCUCUGAUCUACAAAUCAGAUACAAUGAACUUCUCACUGCACACCACAACACCUGCAAACAGUUGGAAGAAGUGAAGACUUCUCACACCUUGGCAAUGACAUCUACUAAGGAAACAACUGAUAAUGAAUCACCAGCUAAAGAUAAUUCUUGAAGGUUAAACCUAGUUUCACUGAAGGCUAAAUAUAUGAUCACACAAGAGAAACUUGAAUGAUCAUAUGUUAAUUUUGGAAAUUGGUCUUGUCAUUGGUUAUUGUCUUUGUUCGGUUAUGACUUGUAAUCAUCCUCCUCCGACCAAGUUUUUCUCUUCCUUUUAAUUGAAUUCUGAUUUAUAUCUGUAAAAUGGUAUCGAUUUCUUAUCAAGUUAUAACAGAAUCCCACUUGCUCAGUGGAUUACAUCA